AUGGCCUCAGCAGCUCCCCUAGAGAAAGUGAUAGAAGAAGCCGCUUGUUCCAUCUGCCUGGAGUAUCUGACAGAGCCGGUGACCAUAGACUGUGGGCACAACUUCUGCCGAGCCUGCAUCACCCAGUACAGUGAGCAAAGGGAGCCUGAAUCAGGCACAAAGAUGAUGGGCAGUAAGUUCUAUGGGCUCAUAGAAGGGAAACUCCAGCACAACAGGCAGCUCGCUGAUAUUGUAGAGAACAUCAAACAAUUGGGAUUAAAGUCAGGGAAUGCACAGAAGGAGAAUCUUUGUGAGAGACAUGAGGAGAAGCUCCAACUCUUCUGUGAGGAGGAUGGAGAAGCCAUCUGUGUGGUUUGCAGGAUGUCCCGGGCUCACCGAGUUUACACAGUAGUCUCCAUACAGGAGGCUGCCCAGCAUUACAAGAUGAGAAUUACUGCUGCUCUUGACGACUCAAAAAGUGAAAGACCCAAACGCAGAACAGCAAUUGUCUCCCGAGAACUCUCGAGGUACAACAUCGACAUUGCUGCUCUCAGCGAAACAAGAUAUGCAGAUGAAGGUCGUUUGAGGGAAGAGGUUGGCAGUUACACUUUCUUCUGGAAAGAAAAACCAGCAAGUGGCAGGCGAAUAAACGGUGUUGGCUUUGCAAUCAAGAACCUUCUAGUCAAUUGCCUGACUGAGCUCCCCGUCGGCAUCAACGAGUGCCUUAUGACCCUCCACAUCCAAUUGGUCAAUAAGUCAUUUGCCACCAUCAUCAGUGCAUGUGCACCAACACUUGAUGCUGAGGAAGAGCAGAAAGAAUCCUUCUACACUGACCUUGAUAAAAUUCUGUCAUCCAUUCCAAAAACAGAUAAGAUAAUCCUCUUAGAGGACUUUAACUCAAGAGUUGGCUGA